UCAACUACUAAUCAAUCAUUGUAAACAUCCGUCGAUCGACUUCUUCCGAGCCUCGGAGUCGGAGCUGCGUCUGGUUGUAUCCUUACGAUGGAAGACGCAAAAUUUUCAUUGCAGGUUUUGACACUGAAUUGCUGGGGUGUGCCAGUGCCUUUCGCAUGCAAGUACAGAAAAGAGAGAUUUCAGGCUAUUGCAGAGGAGAUUGGAAAGGGGAGAUAUGAUAUAGUUAUACUGCAGGAGGUGUGGACUGAAAGUGAUUUUAAACUUCUUCAACAGCAUAUAUUGAAGGUGAUGCCAUAUUCUCAUUAUUUUCAAAGUGGGACCAUUGGUAGUGGUGUCUGUGUCUUCUCCAAGCUCAUCAUUGAGGAUUCAUUUUACCAUUUGUUCCCAUUAAAUGGCUACUUUCACAAGGUCCAGCAUGGGGACUGGUUUGGUGGAAAGGGAUUAGGGCUCUGUAGAGUGACCUUUCAAGGCUUAAGUUUCAACAUUUAUUGCACACAUUUACAUGCUGAGUACGACAUGGCCUCAGAUGAAUACAUUGCUCAUCGUGUGGCUCAGGCUUUUGACAUGAGUCAGUUCAUCAAGUACACCUCAGAAUCAUGUGAUGUAGUCAUUGUCGGGGGUGACUUUAACCUCCGACCUUCUGACCUGGGAUACAAAUUGAUUAUGACAAAUGGCAAUUUGCAUGACUGCUGGCUUGCAAAGAAUGAAGAGAAUGAAUCAGGUCACACUAAUGAGAGAAAAGAUAACAGCUUCAGUACACACAAUGUUCAGAGGUUGGAACCAGUUGGAAGGCGAUUAGAUUACCUCCUGUAUAAGGUCAACCAAGGAGUGGAGGUAGAGGUGUCCAGCUGUAAACUUGACUUUGGGAAAAUUCCAGACAAGCCCUACAACUACUCUGACCAUGAAGGAGUCACAGCUCUCCUACAAAUCCAGAGGAAAAAAGAUUCUGGACAAUCUCCGGAUACAAGAGAUGAGAACAAACUGUACGAUCUUCUCUUGGAGUCUACGACCAUUGUACAGAAUGGCUUGAAGAAAGCCAAAUCUGACAACCUUUUCUACACUGUCCUGUGUGUGGUGUGUACUAUCGCUCUGUAUGGCUUCUGGUGUACGGAGAUGGAGAGAGAGAGCAGUCAUCUAGUCGUCAUCGCCAGGGCCGUUACUUUUGUGACCUUGACCUUACUGGUGGCUUUCUUCCUGUUUUACAAGCUGAUCAUUAAUAAGAUAGAAUAUAAAGGUCUAACUGGAGCAGAGAAGGAUAUAAAUAAUCUAUGUUCUAGUGUUAAGAGAAGGAUCAAACAAAACUAAGCUAACUUUUUACUGGACAUUCCAGAAUAUACAUGCUCAAAGCAUGGAAGAGCAUAAUUAUAAUUGUACAUUUUUCUUUGUCUACAGAGUUUAUUUUGUAACAGGAGUCACAGUUACUUAUUGAUUUAUUUUACUGAAUAUUUAAAAAGCUUCAACAUUCCUGUGAUAAAUUAUUUGAUUUUUGUAUAUUUCAUAUCAGGACACUGAAAUCCUAUGACAUAUUUUUCACUGUUAUAUGUUACCUGACCAAUUUUUGCAUAUACAAUAUAAGUGUUAUUGCUAUGGAUGCACAGCAAAAUAAAUGAAGUUUUAUUUCAA